AUGUGCGUGCAUACUACUGAGUGGGAUGCGGCGCCGGGGCCAUCCCAGACCUCCGCUCGUCCGGCCAUCGCCGCCCUCCCUGCGCUGCACCACCUCCUCCUGCACACGCCGCUCCACGCCUUGGGACUGCGCAACCCUUUGGCAGCUGCCCUCACCCUCCCUCGCUGCUGCGGGCUCCUCUCCACUUCCCGUUACCGGCUCCACAGCCGCUCCUCACCCAGGCUGAGGGGUGCCCCAAAUCCGUGCUACGUGUCACUGCUUCAGCACACGCUUACCGAGCGGGGCAGGACCGGGGGCAGCCGAGGGGAGCGCGGCGAGGACCGCAGGGGCCGGGCGAGCGCAGUCCCCGGGACUUCCAAGGGCGGCUCCGGUCUCGUCUUGCCAGCACCCGGCGUGUCAGAUGAGAACGCAGAUAUGCGAGGGGGAGAGGGGACAAGGAAAUGCUGCCAGAAGAGCCCGCAGCCGGGUGUGCAUCUUCGGGGUGAUCAGCUGGCAUCAGAAGCGCCGGGCGGAGCAGCCGCGUCGGGGGGAGCGGGGAUCGAUCCAUCCCGGCUACCUGAGCCGCCUCGGGACAGGGCCAGAGGGGCAAGGGCUCCCGUGGGAGGGGAUGCUCCAGUGGGGGCGAGGAGACUGGACCGGUCUCUCUGGGACGGCGGGGCAGAACAGGGGAGCGGGACCAGCGCCGAUCUGGAGGACGCUGCCCCAGUGGAGGAUCCCGGCCGCAGCCUGCCCGCGGGAGCACCGGGAGCCUGGCGGGCAGCCCGAUGCGGCCGUCCGCACCGGCAGAGCGGGCUCUCGCCGCGGUUCUCGGCGCUGCUCCGCGGCACCGCGCCCGACGGCAGUGCCGGGCUGAGCGCUUGCCGUGCCUCUCCGGACCAGGCCGCUACCGCCGGUCCUUCCUGCCCAGCUAGCGAGGCCCAGACCCGGCACCGCGGUCAGCGCAGGCCCGGUGCCCCCGCCUGGGCCGCGCCACGCACCUGCCAGUUCGCGGGAGAACGCGCGGAAGGUUCGGGGUCGCCGCGUCCCUUCCCGUUCCCGUCCCUCCGACGCACCGCCCUGUUCACGCCCGUGCGGGAGAGGCGGCUCUCCGGAGCGGGUCUCUGCGGGAGCCCUUUCGCCGGCAGGGACAGCCCCGGGACCGGCCAGACGGGGCUCCCAGCCCCUGCCCGCGCCCCCGGGGCACCUGCCGGGCCACCGGGAGCGGCUCGGGGCCGCGGAACCUUGGGGCUUCGGCAAAGCCGUCUGCCCGGGCCGAGUGCGACGGCCGCUCCGCAGCGCUACCGAGCGAGGGACGGGGUUGCGCCGACCACCCGGAAAGCGAGACCGGGGGCAAGGGCCGCGCCGGGCGAGCCGGUAGCGGGAGACGAGGCCCGCGAUGAGCGCCGCCAGCGCAGCCCUUCUCCGCGGGCGCGGCUCCUGCGCGUUGAUCUCGGCGCCGGGCGAGCCAUGGCCCGCGGCGAGAGGGAGGACAGCGCGGAGCCGCGCCUGUCGCCGCAGGACGCACCGGGCCGGUGGAACGGCCCCGGUGCUGAGGCCCGAUCCGCGGCUCCCUCGGGCGAGGGGUCCGAGACCUCCCGUCCCCGCGGCCGCACGACGAGGCGCUCCCGCGGCGGAGCAGGACGCGGAGCCCAAAGUCUGUCUGCUGAGCUGCCCUCAAAAAUCCACUUAAGAAAGAUGAAGGCGCAUGCAAAUGUGUGGCGCCUCCUUGCUUGUGCCUUUAAUCAUGGGCCGCACCGGCACCGAGCGCGGCCCCCGUCGCCCCCAACCCACCCGCCCAUCCACCGGCCGCUUUUCGCUGGGCGCUUCGGCGGCUCCGGCCCGGUCACCGGCUCCGUGAGGCUGCUGGGCGAGCGGGACCCUCGCGGGCCCGGGGCGCAGCCGAUCCGGCGGACAGGCCGGUCCCCGGGGGGGCUCCGCGUGGUUCACGGCGAGCGAGGGAGAGCGGCUGAAUCAGUCACUGCCGUGCGCAGCCGGCGGCGGCUCAUCCCGGCGGCGGCCACUCCGCCGAGGCUCCGGGGCUCGGGGCCGUCGGCGGGGAGCCGCCGGGGACUCACUCGGAGCCGCGGGCUGCAGAGCCGUUCUGGGCAGCGCCCGCUACCGGGAUGGACGGCCCCGCUCCCGCCGGCCCCGCGGGCGCUGCUCGCCCCGGCUGACCCCGGCCCGGCCCCGCCGAGCCCGCAUGAGCCCCGGCCGUGCCGCCGCACGCCGGCAGGGGGCAGGCUGCGCCCGACGCCCCGCCGCACCGGGCAGCCGGGCCGGGGUCAGCAGGGCCGGGCCAGGCCGGGCCGUUCACUGCCUACCCCGGUCGGGUGCACCCGCACCCGCGGAUCCGGCAGCGCACCCCGCGGGCUGCACGGCUUCCCGGCCCGCAGCAGCGCGACAAACACUGCAGUCUGCGGAGCUCCCCGCAGGGUGCGAACUCAGCGCCCAGCGCAACACCCCCGGUCCCACGGGGGCAGCGGUCGGUACCGCGGGGAACCCGAGCUGCGUCCGGCGGGGCUGCCCGCAAGCAGGGAACAGGGAAUGCCCACGGAGCCGGGGUUGCACACGCGUGACGGCAGCCGGGGUCUCUGCACCGGGGCCGGCAUGCUUACGCCGUGGCAUAGGGAGUUCCUGCUGUCGAGCCGGCCGCGGCCCCGCGCUGUCCCGAGCCCAGUGAGGCGGUUCUGUCACGCACACAUCUGCAGACCCACGAAGGAGGGGAGCUUUCCCCGCGAACCCUCAGCUGAGCGCCCGCAGCGCUCCCCGGGGCUCUGGCACACGCAUGGAUGCAACGGGCGGGACAGAGGAACGGGAGAAGGGGCCGGGGACGCCCUGUCCCAGCGGAGCGGCACCGGCCGCGGCGGAGCUCGGGCAGCACCACCCGGCCAGCGGCACCGUCCGCCGGCUCCCGGAGGCUCAGCCCUCCGAAAACCCCCAACAACAAAACCGAAAGGAACGGGAAGCCGGGGCCGGGCUGCCGCGCUCCCCCCGCGCACGGCCGCCGGUGGGGAUCGCCCUUCCCGGCCGUUGCGGUCCCGAAGCGGGGAUCAGAGCGCGGUGCGUUACGGUGCGGUUCCUUCUGCACGUUGCCCGCGGACUCCCGCACCGCACGCUCUCACACGCGUUGGCGAUCCCGCACGCACGGAGCUUUGCGGUACCGCUCCCGGUAGCGCCGGUCCUGGAACGCCGCGAUCGCUCCCGGGCCGCCGCCCGCGGGAGGGUCCCGUAGCUCUUGGGCCGCUGCGGGCAGGCGCGGGGCCGCUGGACGCUCUCCCGGGGCCUCUCGUGGGCAGCUCCGCCGCGACCAUGCGGGGCCGCCCGGCAACGAUUCCCGCAGCCCUGCGCCCCGUCCCCCGUCCCCGCCGUGGCUGGUCGCGCCGCCACCACCCGCGGGACAGACCCACGUCCCCUCCGGGCCCGGCCGCUCCGAGGGACGGUCCCACCGCCACCUGCCCGCGGCCCAGCGGGGGACGCGCGUUGCUACCUACCCCGGCAGGGCAGGAGCCAGGAGCCGCCGUCGGGCCGGUAGCGGGGCGGGGAACGGAGCGGCCGGGGCCCUGCUCCACCGCGAUCCUCGGCGGCCGCGCUCGCUCUGCCCCCCAGCCCGCCACGGUCCCGGCCCCGUUUGCCGCUCGCUGCGCCGGGGUGCACGGAGCCCGCGCGCCCCGGGCUCCGCCGCGCUUCGGGGGCCGCGGGGGCCCGGCGGGGCCAGGGCACUAUUUGACGUCGAUGAGACGAAUCACCGCGGCGCAGCGAUACGGCGCGCACCAAUGGAGUUCAAAUGUCAGCAAGUUUGAGGAGGGGUGA